CAACGUUUCAGCGUGAAGUUUGAUGAUUUUUCCAAAUGAUUAAUUAAAGAGUUGUUUUAUCGGUUUUGCGAUGGAAACUGAUGCCACUUCCAGCGCCUCUAGUGACUCACACAUCGGGAAUUUUUGUCUUCCUUCUUCCAACUUGAAUUACUAUACCGACAAUUUGUAUUUUGCGACGAACUGCAAGCUCGACAACUACUUCGCUGGUGAUAAACUUGUGAAAAGAGCGGAGACGACUAAAAAGUUGGAUUUUUAUAAAAAGGACGAGUACUGUGCUGUGAACGGUGUUUCGAAAGGUGUCACAAGAAGUGAUGUGAGUAAAAGGGGUUUGGAUUAUGGAGGGUGUUUCGAGAAGAAAACGGAAGAUAGCAGGAGAAUGCAAUUAGACUAUUUCAACAAUAAUAAUAGCAAUGAUGUGAAAAAGAAUGGGGGGACAAUUCAACUCAGUGGAGUGGAUAGUUACGGCAAAAAAGCUGUUAGUUUUUCUGCCGAUCAAGUGCAAUGUAUGUGUGAAGCUCUCCAACAAAGAGGCGAUAUUGAGAGGCUAGCAACCUUUCUUUGGUCUUUACCACCUUCGGAGCUUCUACGAGGAAAUGAGAGUAUCCUGAGGGCUAGGGCAGCAGUGGCAUUUCACAGAGGGUCAUAUCAUGAAUUGUACUCUAUUCUGGAAUCACACGCUUUUCACAUAAGGUGGCAUCCAGAGUUGCAGACUCUUUGGUUUAAGGCUCAUUAUAACGAGGCGGAAAAAAUCAGGGGUAGACCCUUAGGUGCCGUCGAUAAGUACAGGCUACGCAAGAAAUACCCCUUACCAAAAACCAUCUGGGACGGGGAGGAGACGGUGUAUUGCUUUAAGGAGCGGAGCAGAAACGCCCUGAAAGAUUGCUACUCUCGGAACAGAUAUCCGACACCGGACGAGAAGAGAGCACUGGCAAAAAGAACAGGUCUCACUCUCACACAAGUUUCGAAUUGGUUCAAGAACAGGAGGCAGAGGGAUCGAACGCCACAAUCUAGACAAGAACUGAUGAUUGGCAACAUGUCGUUGAGUCAAAGCAACAUGAUGAAUGCAAUGGGUAAUCACCAAGGAGGUUUGGAUAUGGCAGCGUUCCAAAGUGCUUCGAAGUUGUUUGACCCGAACUGUACGAUAACUUCUUGUUAUCCAGACUACCAAGUAGCAUAGAAUCUGAGUGUGGAUUGUUGUU